CUAUGUCCAGCAGUGCAUUAACCUUUGUGGUAAAUCCUGUACUGGGGUCAGUGGGUAGACUUCAGAGUACAUGCCGUCCCUACUUUUGGAAUCUAACAUCGGGUGAACUACUUAAAAGUGUCCUAAACAUGGACUUCGCCACAUUAAAUGCCCUCGACUAUGAUGAUUUUGUGAAUAUUUUCGGCAAUGUGGUGGAGAAAUGUCCUAUAAUAACUGCAGCUGUGUGGUCAAAGCGUCCUUUUGCAGGUUUGGCUGAUCUGGAGGCGGCCAUUCAUGAGUUUAUCGAUGCUCUCCCAGAAUCAGGUAAAGAGGGCAUCCUCAGGUGUCACCCAGACCUCGCGGGGAGGGAGCUCCAGAGCGGCACGUUGACCCAGGAGUCCCGCGAGGAACAGGCGCGUGCCGGGCUGGAUGCCUUAAACUCCGCUGAAGUGUCGCGCAUGACCCGGCUCAACCUGGACUACAAGGCGCGCUUCGGGUUCCCGUUCGUCAUCUGCGCCAGGAUGAACGACAAGGCGACCAUCUUACGGCAGCUGUCCGAACGCGUCCAGAACGAGCGCCAGGUGGAGAGGGCGCGCGGCAUAGAGGAGGUGAAAAGAAUAUGUCACCUGCGCCUUCAGGGUCUCGUGCUCACUGAUGUGCCGAAUAAAUUAUAA